AUUAGUACUUCUUGUGAUAACAUCGAUGAAUUUUUAUUUCCCAUUGGAUCCAUAACAGGAUGUAUUUUAUACUGUUUUAUUGCCAAUUAUAUCGGGCAAAAUGUUAUGGAUCACAAUAAUCACAUAUUCGUUACUGCAUAUCGCGUUCAAUGGUAUGUAGCUCCCUUAUACAUACAAAGAAUUUUACUCUUUCUAUUGCAAAGAGGCGCCAAAAGUUUUACUUUGGUUGUUGGUGGAUUAUUUAUUGGAUCGUUAGAAUGUUUUGCAACGCUGGUGAAGGCUUCGGUAUCUUACUUUACCGUUAUGUAUUCUACACAAAAAUAA